AGGACAUGCUAUAAAUGCAAAGUGUGCAGGACGUCUGUUUUCAAGAGGCAAAUGAGAACGAUGGCUCUUCUCAAACUUCUUCUUCUCAUGCUGUGGCUUGGUCUCGCCACGAGCUCGGAGCUGCAUCGUCAGAGGAGACUCGCUGGAGGUACGACGUGUGGACCAACUGAGCGUCCCUACCAUGUGAAACUGGAGGCGACAGAUGGUACACGUACAUCUCUCUGCGGAGGCUCUCUGAUCAGUCCCCAGUGGAUUCUCACUGCAGCUCACUGCUGGAAACCCGGGAGGACCAUGUAUGCAACUGUCGGAGUUCAUCCGGGUCCAGGAGAGAAGCCUCAAGUCAUUACUAAACCUGAGAUCUUUCAGGACCAAAAACUGAGGAGUCAUGACAUCAUGCUGCUGAAGCUGCCAAAACCUUCUAAGAUUCAACCUGUAGACCUUCCUGACUGUCAAAAUCAGCCAACCUUGGGUGCAUUUGUUCGGGUGGCAGGAUAUGGUGCUCAACUGAAGGGCCUGAACAGUCAAAUAAGCGAGUACGGCUCUCUUCAGUGUGCUGACUUUGAAGUUGUGGACUGCACAAGGGUCCGCAAGCUUCAAAUCUUCGGUGAUCCAUCCACACUGUAUCAGCACUGGUUCUGCGUUCAAAGCCCUCGAAAGUAUUUAUGCAAAGGCGACUCUGGUGGAGGUAUGGUGUACCAAGACAAGAUUUAUGGCAUUGUUUCUUUCUCUGGUGAUGCCGUGUUCCCCUGUCUCGAGCCAGUUGGAGCUAUGGAUGUUUGCAAAUACAUGAACUGGAUCAACAACAUUGUCAGCCUGCCAAAAAAUUCAAAUACCGGUGGUGGCUAAAUGGAUAACUGUGUAUAUUUGAAAGUCCUGUGCAUCUGCGCAAACUUCAAUCUUUCUUAAUAUUGUUCAAAAAUAUUGCUUGCUUAUAAAAUCUCAUCAUUGCGGC